AUGUCUACUACUGAUGAUGGUGAGAGUAAUCCAAGUCGCAAUGAGCUGGAACAAGAAGGAUCAUCUGGACCUCUUCUUCCUAGUCCUACAACACAAAGUUGUGAAGAAUCUGGUUUUGUCAAGAAAAGAGGAGAGUACAAGAAGAGGUCCAAAGCUUGGGAUCAUUUUCAUGACAUAGCUGCGGAUCCCAAAAGUCAUGGUACGACUCCCCUUAAUACUCAUGUAGCUAAAUGUCCUCUAAAUCCUAAAAAUAAGCACACUGGCCAGGCUACUUUGUGUUUGGGUGAAACUGAAACAUUAGAGGGAGAGGUUAAAGGGGCACUCAUAAGUUGGAAAUUUGAUGCGGAAGCCAUUAGAAAAAGCAUAGCUUAUAUGGUAAUUGCUGAUGAGUUGCCAUUUAAACAUGUAGAGGGUAGAGGUUUUCAAUACAUGAUGUGGACUGCUUGUCCAUCAUUUAGAAUUCCUUCGAAGUGGACUAUUUCUAGAGAUUGCUAUCAGCUGUAUUUAGAUGAAAAAAUUAAGUUGAAACAUCUCUUGAAGAAUAACAGUGGCAGAGUUUGUCUAACCACAGAUUCUUGGACAUCCAUUCAAAGGAUAAACUAUAUGUGCCUCACUGCCCAUUUCAUAGAUAAUGAUUGGAAACUGAACAAAAAGAUCCUAAAUUUCUGUCCUAUUGCUAGUCACAAGGGAACUGAAGUUGGUAAGGCCAUAGAAAAGUGUCUACUAGAAUGGGGAGUUGAUGAUAUCCUAACUGUUACAGUUGACAAUGCAAGUUCCAAUGAUGUAGCUGUCAGCUAUUUACGAGGAAAACUUCAAAAUUGGGGGAAAGCUGUGUUGGGGGGGAAAUGGACUCAUGUGAGGUGUGUAGCUCACAUAGUGAAUCUAAUUGUUAAUGAUGGCAUCAAAAAACUUGGGGAUUCAGUUGAUUGUAUCAGGGCAGCAGUUAGAUAUGUUAGACAGUCAUCUUCUAGAUUGAAAAAAUUCAAGGAGUGUGUUGAAAUUGAAAAAAUUGAAUGCAAAAGAUUGCUCUGUUUAGAUGUCUCUACUAUGUGGAAUUCUACAUAUCUAAUGCUAGACACAGUUCAAAGGUUUGAGUGGGCUUUUGAGAGGUUCGAGGAGCAGGAUCCUUACAUGCUUCAAGAGUUAGAAAAUCUGCCAACAAAAUCUGAUUGGACAAAAGCUAGAUUCUUGGUAAUUUUUUUGGAAAACUUUUAUCAGCUAACUGUGAAGGUUUCCGGUUCCAAAUAUGUGACUUCAAAUAAUUUUUUCACUGAUAUUAGUCACAUUCAUGGCAUUUUAAUUGAAAUGACAGCAAGUGAUAAUGAAGAAUUGAGUUCAAUGGCAAGAUCAAUGAAGGAGAAAUAUGAUAAGUAUUGGGGAAAGAUUGAAAAGAUGAAUAUGCUGAUUUUUAUUUCCUCCAUGCUUGAUCCUCGAACUAAACUUGAAUACCUUGAAUUUGUGGUUUGCCAAAUGUAUGGUGAGUCCGAUGGUACAACAAUAGCUGGCCUUGCAAAAGAUGCAAUGUUUGAGCUGUUUAAUGAAUACAAGAUGCUUAACACACCUGCCUCAAAUUCUGUGUCUCAUGCUUCUUCACUUUCAAGUGAAUCUCAAAGGAGUAAAACUACAUUUUAUGGACAUGGGUGGGGGCAGCAGGUUGAAGAACAGUGUGAUUCUUGUUCAGUAAAUCACACUGGACAAUUGUCUGAAAGUUUUGGAUCAGAUUUAUACUCUCAGAUGAAUGAAUCCCAAUCUGAAGCCAUAAGGGCGUCUCUCCAUAAGAUGACAUGUGACCAGAAUUCUCACAUUGAACUCAUUUGGGGUCCGCCGGGGACCGGGAAAACCAAAACAGUAAGUCAGAUUCUCUUUAUCCUAUUAAGAAUGAAUUACAGGACUCUUUGUUGUGCCCCAACCAAUGUGGCAGUAAAUGAAGUUGCAUCUCGAGUGGUAAAACUGGUAAAAGAGGCAUAUGCUGCUGAAUCUGAAAAAUGUGAUCCAUUUACUCCAUUGGGAGAUAUUAUAUUAUUUGGAAAUAAGGAUCGACUAAAAGUUGCCCCUGAUAUUGAAGAUAUGUAUCUUGACUACCGCGUGAAGAGGCUUGUUGAGUGCUUUGCACCAUCAAAUGGUUUGAAACAUUGUGUGCGUUCUAUGAUUGAUUUGCUUGAGCACGGUGCCUCACACUACCAUAUCUUUCUGGAAAAUGAGCUGAUCAAAACCAAGGAAAACAAAGAUGAAGCUCCAAAAGAUAAGCCACAGUCAUUUCUAGAAUUCAUCAGAGCACGAGUAAAAGCUAUUUUACCAUCCCUCGGAAGAUGUCUGAUUACAUUCUGCACUCAUGUACCAAAAAGUUUUGUUGCAAAACAAAAUUUUGAAAACAUGGUACAUCUGAUUUAUCUACUUGAGUCUUUGGAGAAGGAGCUUUCUGAAAAGGUUUUGACCUCUGAUAUACUGGAGAAGCUCUAUUCUUCUAGCAUAAUGGUGGAAGAUUUUUCCAAAGCAGUCACAUGUACCUGGUUUCUGCCAGAUAUUAGAAGCAAGUGUCUCUUUGUCCUAAAAACCGUUCAUUCAACUCUUGAAAAUCUGGGCAUCCCAGCCGCUGUGAAUGAAGAAUCAAUAAGGGAACUCUGUUUCCAAAUGGCUACCUUGGUUUUCUGCACUGCUUCUACUUCCUACAAGUUGCACAGGACAAAUGUGGAGCCACUUAAAGUGCUGGUCAUUGAUGAGGCUGCCCAAUUGAAAGAGUGUGAAUCCCUUAUACCACUUCAACUACCUGGUUUGAAGCAUGCUAUUCUUGUUGGUGAUGAGUGCCAGUUGCCAGCAAGCGUUAAUAGCAAGAUAUCUGCCAAUGCCGCAUUUGGAAGAAGCUUAUUUGAAAGGUUGAGUUCAUUGGGUCAGCCAAAGCACCUGCUUAACAUUCAAUAUAGAAUGCAUCCAUCUAUUAGUUGCUUCCCAAAUUCUAUCUUCUAUUCGGGCAAGAUCAUGGAUGCACCUGAAGUUAGGAGUAAAAUGCACGAAAGGUGUUUUCUUCGGGAGAAAAUGUUUGGUCCCUAUUCAUUCAUUAAUGUCCCAGGUGGAAAAGAAGAUAGCGAUGGUGAUGAUUACAGCUUGAGAAAUAUUGUUGAGGCGGCUGUGGUGGUAAAGAUAGUUCAGAAGCUGUACAAAGCUUGGAAUGGAACUGAUACAUCUCUAAGUGUUGGGGUAAUAUCACCCUACGCUGCUCAAGUUGCACUGGUUCAAGAAAAACUUCGUCACAAGUUUGAAAAUCUUGACAAUUUUGUUGUGACAGUAAAAUCUAUAGAUGGAUAUCAGGGUGGGGAACAAGAUAUUGUUUUAUUAUCUACUGUAAGAGCCAAUAAUAAAGGGUCUAUUGGUUUCCUAUCUAGUCCUCAGAGAACCAAUGUUGCUUUGACAAGAGCUCGGCACUGUCUUUGGAUCUUUGGAAAUGUGGAUACACUGACAAAUACUCGAUCAGUUUGGAAAGCAUUAAUUUGUGAUGCUAAGGCUCGUGGUUGUUUCUUUAGUGCUGAUGAGGACGCUGAUGUAUCAAACACGAUUUUGGAUGUGAAGAAAGAGCUGGAUCAGAUGGAGGAUUUGCUUAAUGGGGAUAGCACACUUUUCAAACAGCAACGGUGGAAGGUUUUAUUUAGUGAUGACUUUCAGAAAUCAUUUAGAAAGAUGACUUCCACCCGCAUGAAGAAGUUAGUCCUAAACCUGUUGCUUAGUCUUGCCAGUGGCUGGCGACCUAAGAAAAUAAAUGUGGACUUAGUUUGUGAAAGAUCUUCACAGAUUGUGAAACAUUUUAAGGUUGAGGGGCUCUAUGUGGUGUGCUCAAUAGACAUUGUUAAGAAAUCAAAUUACAUGCAAGUCUUGAAGGUGUGGGAUAUAUUACCUCUGGAGGAGAUCCCAAAGCUGCUGAAACGUCUUGAUAACAUUUUCAACAUGUAUACUGAUGAUUUCAUCAAUCAAUGCAAACAGAAAUGUCUUAAAGGGAGAGCAGAGCUUCCAAAGUGUUGGCCCAACUCAUCAAAGAUAAUCCGACAUAAGAACAUGAAUAAUGGCAAAUCUGUUGCAGAUUCUACUGAUAGCGCCUUGGAUGGAGGAUGUUAUGCUGAAAAUUCGAGAGUUAGCGAAAGCUUGCAACUCAUGAAGUUUUACUCCCUAUCACCUGGUGCUGCGAGUCAUUUACUUUUCAGUCGUGAUGGUCAGGAAUUGGAUCUGCCUUUUGAAGUUACAGAUGAAGAGUGGGAAAUUAUUCAAUUCUGCAAAAGCAGCUUCAUCCUUGGGCGAUCUGGCACAGGGAAAACUACUGUCCUGUCCAUGAAGUUAUUCGAGAAAGAACAAAUCUACCAUAUUGCUUCGGAAGGAUUUACUACAGCUGAGAAUAGUAUGUCUACGAGCGUCUUGAAGAGAACUGAGUUUGAUCACUCUACAGGAGUGACGAGGGAGACAUUUUUGCGCCAGCUUUUUGUGACAGUAAGCCCAAGACUAUGUUCUGCAGUCAAACAUCAUGUUUCCCGUGUGAUAAGUUUUGCUUGCAGUGGAAAUUUCCCAUCUGAAACCAGUUUGAAUGAUGCCGAAGAUGUGGAAGAUAUAGAACAGUUUAAAGAUAUACCAGAUUCUUUUGUUGGCAUUCCUUCCGAAAAGUACCCUCUUGUCAUUACAUUUCAUAAGUUUUUGAUGAUGCUUGAUGGGACAAUCGGUGAUUCAUAUUUCAGACGAUUUCCUGAGAUGACGAAGAUAAUGGACUUUUCUGUUGGUAUAAGUGGAAAUUUCAGAUCUGCUGUUCUGCAAUCUCUCUUACGAAUGAAGGAGGUAAAUUAUGAGAGGUUUUGUUUCCAUUAUUGGCCUCACUUCAAUUCACAACUGACGAAGAAUCUUGAUUCUUCAAGAACAUUUACGGAGAUAAUAUCUCACAUUAAAGGAGGCUUGCUAGCUGGGGAAGCCCCUGAUGGUAAAUUGAGCAGGCAAGAAUAUGUUUCCAUGUCUAAUAGUAGGGCAUCAACCCUGAGCUCAGAUGAGAGAGAGCUGAUCUAUACUGUUUUUCAAGCUUACGAGAAGAAGAAAUUACAGCGUGGUGAAUUUGAUCUGUCUGAUUUUGUUAUUGACCUUCAUCUUAGGCUGAAGAGCAAGAGUCUGGAGGGUGAUAAAAUGGAUUUUGUGUACAUUGACGAAGUGCAAGAUCUUGCUAUGAGUCAGAUAGCUCUGUUCAAGUAUAUCUGCAAAAAUGUGGAUGAAGGUUUUGUCUUUUCUGGUGAUACAGCUCAAACUAUUGCCAGGGGUACUGAUUUUAGGUUUGAAGAUAUACGAUCUCUAUUCUAUAAUGAGUUCAUAAUGAAAUCAAAGAGUGACAAAUAUGUUGAAAGAAGAGAGAAAAGACGUAUGUCAGAAAUUUUGAAUUUGCACCAGAACUUCCGUACUCAUGCUGGAGUACUUAAAUUAGCACAGAGUGUCACAGACAUUCUUUACCAAUUUUUCCCUCAAUCUGUUGAUAUUUUGAAACCUGAAAUUAGCUUUAUAUAUGGUGAAGCUCCUAUUCUGCUUAAGCCUAACGAGAGUGCUAUUGAGAUUAUUUUCGGAAAGACUGCAAAGACUGGUGGGAAAGUAGUAGGCUUUGGUGCCGAACAGGUUAUACUAGUACGUGAUGAUUCUGCUCGGGAAGGAAUUUCUAGAGAUGUAGGAAAUCAUGCUCUUGUUCUUACAAUACUGGAAUGCAAGGGUCUAGAGUUUCAGGAUGUCUUACUGUACAAUUUUUUCAGUUCAUCGCCUCUGAAGAACCAAUGGAGAGUGGUGUAUGACUUCGUGGAGAAAAAAGAUCUACGUGAUUCUUGUUUCCCUAGGUGCUUUCCUAGUUUUAGUCAUGCAAGACACAGUAUCCUUUGUUCUGAAUUGAAACAAUUAUACGUGGCAAUUACGCGGACAAGGCAGAGACUGUGGAUUUGUGAAGAUAGUGAGGAGUUUGCUGCACCCAUGUUUGACUUCUGGAAGAAGUUGGGCCUUGUGCAAGUAAAGGAGGUGGAUGAAUCAUUUUCACAAACGAUGCUAAUGGCGAGCAGUCCUGCAGAGUGGAAAUCAAGGGGUAUAAAGCUUUACCAGGAGAACAAGUAUCAUAUGGCAACCAUGUGCUUUGAAAGGGCAGGAGAUACAAAUUGGGAGAAACGGGCCAAGGCUGCUAGCCUGAGGGCAACUGCUGAUCAGCUGCGUGAGUCAAAUCCUCAAGAGGCUUGUACAAUACUCAGACAGGCUGCUGAGUUGUUCGACUCCAUUGGCAGAGCUGAGUCUGCAGCUGAAUGCUUCUGUGAUUUGGGGGAUUACGAAAGAGCAGGAAGAAUUUACUUUGAUAAAUGUAGAGAUCCUAAAAAAGCAGGUGAUUGUUUCACUUCGGCUAAAAGUUACGAACUUGCAGCGAAGGCUUAUGCUGAUGGCCAUUACUUCUUGGAGUGUUUGUCCGCAUGUACUCAGGGUAAUCUUUUUGAAAUGGGAAGGCAAUAUAUUAAGAAAUGGAAACAGGCUGCUGGUGGUGGUAAUGGUACCGCCAAACAAAGUAAGGAAAUCAAACAAGCCGAACAAGAGUUUUUGGAGAGUUGCGCUUUGAGCUACUAUAAGCUCAAGGAUCAUAAAUCAAUGACAAAAUAUGUUAAAGCCUUCCUUACUAUGGAUUCAAGGCGGAAAUUCCUGAAAAGCAUAGGCUGUCUUGAUGAGCUUUUGCUGUUGGAAGAAGAAUUUGGAAACUUCAAGGAGGCUGUGGAAAUAGCGAAGUUGAGAGGGGAUUACGAAAGAGCAGGAAGAAUUUCCUUUGAUAAAUGUGGAGAUCCUAAACAAGCGGGUGAUUGUUUCACUUUGGCUAGAAGUUAUGAACUUGCAGCAAAGGCUUAUGCUGAUGGCAAUUACUUGUUGGAGUGUUUGUCUGUGUGCACUCAGGGGAGUCUUUUUGAAUUGGGAAGGCAAUACAUUACGAAAUGGAAACAGAAUGCUCCUGGCGAAAUGGAAAUUGAAAAAAUUGAACAAGAGUUCUUGGAGAGUUGCGCUUUGAGUUAUUAUAAGCUCAAGGAUUUUAAAUCCAUGAUAAAAUAUGUUAGAGCUUUCCUUUCUAUGGAUUCCAGACGUAACUUCCUGAAAUGCAUAGGCUGUAUUGAUGAACUUUUGUUGUUGGAAGAAGAACUCGGAAACUUCGAGGAAGCUAUAGAAAUAGCAAAGUUGAGAGGGGAUCUGCCACGGGAGGCAGACCUGCUUGGGAAGGCAGGCCAUCUCAAGGAAGCAUCCUUACUCAUCAUUUCAUUUGUGCUUCAUCGCUCUCUAUGGGUGACUGGAAAUAGAGGUUGGCCCUUGAGGCCAUUUCGACAGAAACAAAUACUGCUAAAGAAAGCUAUGUCAUUCGCACAGGAAGAAUCGAAUGAGUUCUAUGAACGCAUUCGCAGAGAGGUUGAAGUUUUGUCACAUGAGCAUAUUAGCUUGCAUGAGUUGCUUCAGUCUCUCACUUAUUCAGAGCUAUGUAAAAAUCUGACAGUUGAAUUGAUAUCUAUCCGGAGGAUCCUGGAUGCUCAUCUUGAUUGUACAGCACGGAAGUUUGAAUGGGAAGAUGAAUUGCAAGUUGAUAUGAAAAAGCAUUCAGAAGAUAAGAUUUCACUUAACCACAUCUCCGUUGGUUCACUCAUGUAUUUUUGGGAUAUGUGGAGAAGGAACAUGUUAAAUAUCAUGCAAUAUCUCAAAACAGUGGAAAAACCAGAUGAUAAUGAAUGGUUUGAAUAUGGUGAGUUCUGUUUGAACUAUUUUGGUGUGAGGAGGCAGGUCAUCAAUUCAAAUGUAGCAUAUAUACUGUUGAACUCAGAUGCUGAAUGGGUGAAAACAACUGGUUCUGUAUUCAAGCAGAAGCAGCAAAGCGAGAACCAGGUAUCCAUUGAUGGUCGAAAAUUUGCGUCUGCUGCUCUGAGUCAUUGCCAGGCUGAAGUAGUUUCUGUCAGCCUGAAGGUACUUGACACUGUUGAAGCUCUUUAUAAGUUGUCAAUAAGGGAGUCAUUCUCCCUAUUUUGCCAAAGCAUGCGCCUCAUUGAUAUCUAUCAGUUGAUGAAAUUUUUGACUGAGUCAUUCAAAUUCAAUGAUAGUGUUAAAAGGAGGCUAGAAAAUUUCCUGUGGACACCAAUUACGUACUUUAAAUAUGUAUUUCCACUAGACUGUUGCAAAUCAUUGGUGGAAAACAUGAUCUCUUUAAGGAAAACUGAGCUCUCACGGAGUCUACUUGAAGAGGUUAUUGUUGACAAUAUCAGUAACAAGGGUGACCUUACCUACGGUCAAAUUGGGAGGGUGGUAAUGAUUUGGCUUGGAUCUGGAAAACCAACAGAUGAUCUGUACAUGAAGAUAGCAAAAAGAUUUGAAAAGAAUUUUUCGUGGAGAGCAUUCAUUGAUUCUUUGCAAGUAUCUUCAUUGAGGCAUUCUGGGAUAACAGAAUCAAGAUCCUUGGGUGAUCCUUCAUCAAAUACUUCAGCUGAAGAUUGGAAGAAGUUUUCACUGAUUGAUAGCUUCCACGAAGCUUUGAGAGAUACUUAUCUUGCAAAUUGGAGGUCAUAUGACUAUGUAUCACCUGAUUGUUUAAUAUAUCUUGUUGAACGCCUGCUACUCCUUGUAUUUCAUUCCAAGGAUUACUUUUUCACAACAAAGUAUUCUUUUGUGGAAUGGCUUGUUUAUCUUAAAGCAGACAUGUAUCCAGAUGUGAGUUCAGUAGCUGACACGCAGUUGUCUCCUGAAAUCAUAUUUGAUUCUGUUGUUAUGAUGGUUGAACAGUUUCUUUUUAAUAAGCGGGAGACAGCAUCAUGGAUUGCAAAAUCAAAAUUUGAUGUAGAUCAGUAUCAUCCACUACUAGCAUUAAGGCUUGUGGUUAUCUUGUGCUUGCUCCACUUGAACUCAGGCAAGUAUUCUAAUGUUCUUUCUCAUCUGCUUGAUCAGUCUCAUAUUAGUUCGCAGCUGCCAAUGCCAUUCAUUCAGGCACUUAGGCCAAGAAGAAAGCUUAAUUUGACUCAGGAUUGGUUUAGUUUAAAUGCAACUGUAGAAGCAUUCAGAAGGAUUGGAAAUCCUCUUGUGAUUGUGCAUUUGAGAGAAAAUAGUCCAAAAUUUGCGUGUCCUGCAAUCAUCAUUGACACAGCUUUGACACCAAGAAUUGAUGACAUCACGAGAAACUUGUUCCGAAAGCAAGGAAGUUACCAUCAGCAAAGGCCUAUGGUUGAAGCAAAUGCUCCGAAUUUGUGUGAAGGACUUGUUCAUAAUGCUGAGUCUCUCAUGUCAAUUGACAUUUCUGCGGCACCAGAUCAGAAAAUGAGCACAGGCAGUGGAACUGAAAGGAACCCACAGAUGUACUCAGGCCUUUCUGAAAAAAUCUUUGAUGUGCAAAUAUCAACAGAGAAAAGACAACAUGAAGAGUGAUCAAGCUGUUCUAAUGUUUCUCAAUUUAAGGAGGAAUUGGAAGAAAGUACAAGCUUUUUAACUGCUGGACUGAAUGUAAAGAAAUUUCUUCCUUGUGGUAGUGUAAACCAAUUCGGUGAAGCAAGCAGCAUGCUUGACGAAAUCAAGCAAUUUGAUGCUAGUGAUAUUAUACAGACUGGAAACUUGCAAGGAAUUGGAUCACUUCUGAAGAGCUUGCAGUCAAAGUGGCCUAGGCUGGAGGCUUUUCUAAAUCACUAGUGAUACCGUACGUGCGUUGCACGUGGUUGGAUGAUAUGUAGUUAUAUCAUUUUGUUCUGUUUUUAUAUUGAGUUUACCUUUGUAAUGUAGAGUUGGGAAUAGAAGCAAGGGUGGGAAUUGCAUGUUACAAAAUAUUGUAAAGUAAGCAAUGCAAAGCAAUCUUAUUGAAUGUAAGACGAAGAAAAAGAGAAGAUAUUAAAUGUGAAAUAGUAAUCAUUAGUGUUUUAAUUUUCUCGAC